AUGAAUUCUGAUGAAAACAGUGUUAACUCAAAACGUGUAGAGGUCCCCCGUGACAAGGACGCGUCGCUCGGCCGCCGCGACCGGCUUGCUAACGCCGGUGCCGCUUGCACCGCGGGCUGCGUGCGGGAGCCGGGGGUCCGCAGCCCGGACCGCUUCCCGUCCUCCGGACGGCGCCGGCGCGCGGACCCUAGCACCCAGGGCACUCCCAGCGCGUGCACAGAGUGGGGGACAACUUCCCUGUAUCUUGGGAGCGGUAUAGACGCCUCCCCUCCGCGGUGGAGACCGGGAGGGCCCUCCGUGGGCCGCACGAGCCGGCUGCUCGGCGCGCGGGGGCCCCUGUCACCCCGCGUGUGCAGGAGGCUGAUUAUCUCCCCAUAUCUCUAUGAGAGUUACCCCAUGCCUGUCAUCCCGCAGCCAGAGAUCCUCAGCUCGGGAGCGUACAGCCCCAUGACCGUGUGGACUACCGCCGCUCCAUUCCACUCCCCACUGCCCAGUGGCCUCUCUCCUCUCUCUGGAUACCCCUCAUCCUUGGGGCGCGUGAGUCCCCCUCCUCCAUCUGACACCUCGUCCAAGGACCACAGUGGCUCAGAAAGCCCCAUUAGUGAUGAAGAGGAAAGACUACAAUCCAAGCUUGCAGACCCCCAUGCCAUUGAAGCUGAAAAGUUUCAGUGCAAUUUAUGCAAUAAAACCUACUCAACUUUUUCUGGGCUGGCCAAACAUAAGCAGUUGCACUGUGACGCCCAGUCUAGGAAAUCGUUCAGCUGUAAAUACUGUGACAAGGAAUACGUGAGCCUGGGCGCCCUUAAGAUGCACAUUCGGACCCACACUUUACCUUGUGUCUGCAAGAUCUGUGGCAAGGCGUUUUCCAGACCCUGGUUACUUCAAGGACACAUUAGAACUCACACUGGGGAGAAGCCUUUUUCUUGCCCUCACUGCAACAGAGCGUUUGCCGACAGGUCCAAUCUGAGGGCUCAUCUGCAGACCCACUCGGAUGUAAAGAAAUACCAGUGCAAAGCCUGCUCCAAAACCUUCUCCCGAAUGUCUCUUCUGCACAAACAUGAGGAGUCUGGCUGCUGCGUAGCACACUGAGUUACGCAAUCAGUGUUUACUCGGACAGAAUGCAUUUCUUCACUCCGACUCCAAAUAAAAGUCCAAAGGCA